AUGACCUAUACAGAGACGAGGCCGAAGCCUUGGGAGACUAAUGGAGGCACAACCGCAGCGGUAGACCGGGCGUUCGAUAUAGAGAAUGAGGCUAAUAACUCCCUAAUGUCUACCAGAGACACUACAACACAGGAAUCUCAUGAGCAGGGUACUAGGGAGGGUUCAGAACCACCGGAAGUGGUGCCCCGACCACCGGGAUUGACUAACACUAUGAAUGGUGGUGUUGGAACUGGUAUGUACAACAGUGGAGGAUAUGGUUAUGACAGCGGUAUUUACGGUGGUGGAAUGUAUGGCAACAAUGGCGGAAUGUUUGGAUCCAUGUAUAGCGGUGCUAUGAAUAGAUAUGGAGGCAUGUAUGGAGGUGGUUACGGGAACUACGGAUCAUUUUACAAUAAUGGUUAUAACUACGGAGGAGCGUAUGGUGACAUGGGAGGAAAUGGUUUAGAACAGAUUGGAGAAUCUACUAGAGCAACGUUCCAACUUAUAGAGAGCCUUAUUGGAGCAGUUACCGGGUUUGCACAGAUGUUGGAAUCCACUUACAUGGCAACUCAUAACUCUUUCUUUACUAUGAUUUCUGUUGCAGAACAAUUUAACUAUUUAAAGGAAGUAUUAGGAUCAGCAUUCGGCAUAUUUGCCAUAAUGAAGUUUUUGAAAAGGUUACUGUAUUUUGUCACAAAUGGGAGGCUAGGCAGCGCACCAAAACGUAUACAAGGAGGUGGUAAUUCUGGUAAUUCACGCCUAUUAGAGGAAUUUAGCCGUUUUGGACUUAACAAUGAUAAAGCACCUGCGAGGAAGAUAACAUUGAAGCCUUUGCUAUUCUUUUUAUCUGCAGUUUUUGGUUUCCCGUAUUUGCUCAAUAAGUUUAUCCAGAAACUACAGGAAGUUCAACAGAGAAAUAGCAUUGCAAUGGGAAAAGAUGGAGAUGGUACUAUAGAUCCUUCUAAACUUGAAUUUGCCAGGGCGUUAUAUGAUUUCACGCCUGAAAAUCCUCAAAUUGAAAUUACAUUAAAGAAGGGAGAUUUAGUGGCUAUUAUAAGCAAAGCAGAUCCUCUAGGCCGCAGUUCAGACUGGUGGAAAGUACGAAACAGAGCUGGACAGAAUGGAUACGCGCCAUAUAAUUAUCUUGAGAUAAUCAAAAGAGUCAAAAAACAAGAAAGUAAAACCCCUCCUGCAUAG